AUGGCUACACACUUUGCCCAUGGGGGUUAUGCACGUUUGAACAAUUUGAAGGCAGUUGCAAAGAAGUAUGCUAGCUUUAUUGGUCCGGGCAUUAUGAUCUCGGUGGCAUACAUGGAUCCUGGAAACUAUUCCACGGGUGUCUCAGCCGGUGCCAAUAAUAGAUUUUCGCUCCUUUUUUUCGUUUUGAUCUCCAAUUUUAUGGCGAUAUUCCUUCAGUCCCUUUGCAUUAAACUUGGGACGGUCACUGGCUAUGAUUUGGCCCGGUGUUGUCGUGAAUAUUUGCCCAGGAGACUUAACUACGUGAUGUGGUUUUUUGCAGAGAUUGCAAUCAUCGCGACUGAUGUUGCAGAAGUAAUUGGAUCUGCUAUUGCUCUCAAUAUUUUGCUCAGGAUUCCUUUGCCAGCAGGCGUUGUAAUCACGAUUGUUGAUGUCUUGGUGGUACUUGCCGCCUACAAGUCUGAUCAACCUCUGGCAAACUUCAUCAGAUUUUUCGAGUAUGCUGUUGCGGUUUUAGUCAUCGGAGUUGUAUCGUGCUUUGUUGCAUUGUUGGCAUACCUUCCUCGCGAGACUACACCAGUCGGGCUUGUCUUUCGCGGCUUUGUUCCAUCAAAGGAGAUGACAGAGAACGGUGGGUUGAGCAUUGCAACCUCUAUUAUCGGUGCAACAGUAAUGAUCCACUCUCUCUUCUUGGGUUCCGGAAUUGUGCAGCCUCGUCUCAGAGAUGGAGUCUACCGGGGAAAAGACUUGACAAUUGAGGAAAAACUCACCGAAUACAUUGAAAAGGAGUACAAACCUCUGUUCGCAGCUAUCAAGUAUUGCUACAAAUAUUCGGUCAUUGAACUAGUGGUGACACUUAUGACAUUUGCAGUAUUUGUCAACGCGGCCAUUCUUAUCGUGGCUGGUGGUUCUCUAUACGAUACUCCCCAGGCUUCUGGAGCAGAUUUGUAUGCUAUCCACGACUUGCUCCUGAAGAUUUUAGCUCCUGUAGCCGGAACUAUAUUUAUGUUGGCUUUACUUUUGUCGGGUCAAAGCGCUGGUAUCGUUUGCACUAUCGCAGGACAGAUGGUGAGUGAAGGUCAUUUGAAUUGGACUUGUAAACCAUGGAUAAGAAGAUUGGCGACAAGGGCCAUCUCAAUUGUGCCUUGUCUUAUCAUAUCAGUUUGCAUUGGCCGUCCCGCCUUGAGUGCUGCUCUUAAUGUCUCGCAGAUUGUCAUUUCACUCCUUCUCCCGCCUCUUAUGAUGCCGCUCAUCUAUUUCACUUGCAACAAGAAAAUAAUGAGAGUCGAGAAGGUGAAGAACAAUGCCAUCGUCUCAUCCACUGGUAAUGGAGAGAGUGAGGAACAAAUUUCAGAGGAAAGCGAUGCAACAGAAUAUCAUCAAAUGGAAAACUCGUGGGUCACAAGUAUAUUUUUGGUUGUAAUCUGGCUUUUCGUGUCAGGUUUAAACAUUUAUUCGAUCAUAUCCAUGGCUCAAACCGGUAUAUACUCGGCAUAA